AUGAUAAGAUCUAAUAGCAAACCAGUAAAGAAAACCAGCUCUAAUAAUAAACAACCGUCAAUUGCAUCCUUCUUUAGCAAAAAUUCUAAUAGUGCCUCUUUGAAGAACUCUACCACAUCGAAUGCUUUCAAGAAAAGUUCUCGACCUUCCAGUCCUCAAAAGGAGAUAAGUUCCAAUCAAAAAGCAACACAGCUCAAUAAGAAAUCAAUGUUGUUAUUUUCAUCGCAAGGUUCUUUUGAUGAAAAUGAUCCAGAUUUUGAAGUAAAAAAACUAAUGAAUAAACCACACCUUAACCAUUUCAAAAAGUCUCGAUUAACUGGCUCAUUUGGAACUCUUUGUAGAACGUCCUCCAAUUCAUCGGUAUCAUCAUCAACAAUUUCUCACCAUUUAAUACAAGAUGAAAUGAGUGAUUCAAUAUCUUCGAUUACAUCGUUUACAUCAAUUAAGGGUUCAAGCCCAAGAAAAAUAUCAUUUACUCGAAAUAUAUCAAAUGAUACUUUUACACAAAGUGCUCUUUCAAGUAAGAACCCUAACGCAUCCCCAUUUGAGGAAGACUUUGGAGAGAUGACCACGAGUACACAAUUUAGUUUAUCAGCCUCCCAAUCAUCAGAACGAAGUAACGGGAGCACUAGUUCUUUGAAGAGGCUAACUUUCCAAGGGCUUGACCUACAAACAAAAAGAAUCAAACCUAUUAAGCGUCAUAAAUCUUCACUAUCCAGCUCUCAAAAUAAAAACAAUUUAAAUAAUAUAUUUUCUGAAUUAAAAUUGACCAAAGAACAACAGCAUGUUAUUGACCUGAUAAUACGAAAAAAGUUCAGUGUCUUCUAUUCAGGUUCGGCUGGUACUGGUAAGUCUAUCAUUUUAAGAACAAUAAUUGGGAGAUUGAACGGCUUAUAUGGUAAAGAUACAAUAGCUGUUACUGCAUCAACUGGAUUGGCUGCAAGUACAAUUGGCGGUGUGACAUUACACAGAUGGGCGGGUAUUGGUUUAGGUGGAGGGAGUUUGGAUUCUUUAGUAAAUAAGAUCCAAAAAAAUCAUGAACUAAAUGCAAGUUGGAAAAAUACAAGAGUCUUAAUCGUUGAUGAAAUUUCUAUGGUUGAUGGUAAAUUUUUAGACAGACUUGAAGAAAUAGCAAGACGAGUAAGGAAAAUCAACAGACCCUUUGGUGGGAUCCAACUUGUAUUAACUGGUGAUUUUUUCCAAUUACCACCUGUUAGUAAAAAAGAAUAUAAUGAACCACCUCUAUUCUGUUUUGAAAGUAAUAUGUGGAAAUUAUGUGUUCAGAAGACUAUCCUAUUGACUAAAGUUUUCAGACAACAAGAUAACGAACUAGUGGAUAUUCUUAAUAAAAUCAGAUUUGGUGAGAUCGAAGAUCAUAUGGUUCAAAGAUUAAGAUCCUUAAGAAAUGAAAAAAGAUAUUCUGAUGGCAUCAAACCGACUGAACUGUAUGCCACUAGAAGGGAAGUUGAAUCAUCUAACUCGAGACAGCUAGAUUUGUUACUCGGUGAGAAACAUGAGUACGUAGCAGACGAUACUGGUCCUAAGGAAUUACAUAAUUUAAUCGAUUCGUCAGUGAUGGUUGAGAGAAAAAUCACCUUAAAGGAAAACGCACAAGUUAUGAUGUUAAAGAACAAAGUUGAAUCUGAGUUAGUCAACGGUUCUUUAGGAAUUGUUUUAUUUUUUAUCCCACAAACAUUAGAGAAGAAAAUGAAUGAAAUUUAUCGUAUAAUGGACGAAGAAGCCAUAAAUGAUAUGAAACUAGUCUCUAAAGUAGUUGGCAACCCUAGAGCAAGACUCUCUAAAGAAUUCCAAGAAGAAUUAAACAUGAGACCAUUUGCUCGCAUGGAAAGACUAGAAAACAUCCUCUUCUACGCCACCACCAGAGUUUCCCCCAAAGAUAUCAAGUUUCCUUAUGUCAAAUGGACCUUGCCACUUGGCAGAUUUCAUCAUGAAUUAAUGUUACCAGACAAUUUUGUCGUCGAUCUACCAGGUUCCCAUUCCGCAUUACAGAGAAGUCAAAUCCCAAUCAUGUUAUGUUGGGCAUUAUCCAUUCACAAAUCGCAAGGUCAAACAUUACAAAGAUUAAAAGUUGAUCUAAGAAACAUUUUCGAAGCAGGUCAAAUAUACGUCGCAUUAUCAAGAGCCAUCUCAAUGGACACAUUGCAAGUUCUAAAUUUCGAUCCAUCAAAAAUCAAAGUCAACGAAAAGGUAAAAGAGUUCUACCAAAAGCUAGAAACCGUGAGUUAG